AUGUCCUCGAACCCCCUCCUGCCCCUGCAAUUCCCCACGCCCGCCUCCCUCGCCGACCUCCACGACCACCUCGUGAAAGACGCCCUGCAUCACCUCCGUGACCACGACACGCCGCGGAUCCUCGUGGCGCGCGUCAGCUCCGACCCCGACGUAGUGGAUGAGGCGGAUGCCGACGCCGACGCCGACGCCGAGGACGCUACCGGCACCGGGAACGGUGAACGUGUCAUCGCCUUCGUGAAAUGGGACAUCGUCCGACGUCGAGGUCGAGGUGGAAGUCGAAGCCGUGUCAUUGAAACCCCCACCGCAUCCGCCAGCGGCUCACGACGCUUAGAGCCGGGCAAUAUACUGCCAACAACGGCGGAGGCGGGCGUGGUGGACGACGGGAGUAAAGAACAACCUCCUCGGAACCAACAACGCCAUCAACAAUCGAAAGCGGAGGUCGGAGAAGGAACCAUAGUAGGGGCAACAGCGGAGGACUCCAAGCACGAGAACAGCGACGACGACGAAAGCGAAGACGAAGAGUGGCCCGCUUCAGCGAACCGAGAAUACCUCACCGCCUACGCGACCGCCGCAUCAAAAGCACGUCGGGAAGCCAUGGGCUCGCGGCCUUUUCUCCGCCGCGGCGCGGGGAAAGCUCUGAUACAUGCCGCUACGGAGGCCGCCAGAGCUGAGGGGCUCCCGGUAUUCCUUCAAAGCACGACGGACGCUGUGCCGCUCUAUGGAAAGUUGGGGUUUGUAACGAUGGGAGGGUUUCACAUGAGUCUCCCAGGCGGAGCUCCGUCGGCGGAAGGAGCGAAGAUCUACGAGGAGACCCUCAUAAUACUUGAGAAUACGCAAGACUCGUGCAAGACCACAAGUAUGCCAUCACAGUAUGAUGUCGGAAAGUGGAGGGCGGAGGGCGGGAAACCGUCAAUCAACACCCAGAGCCACACUCUCCUCUGCAGUGGCCCGGCGAUACAGCUCUAG